UUUAUCGUUACAGCACUAAUUUACCCAUAAUUUAUUUUUACAGCAAUGGAUUUUGUUCUUCCAAAUGGUGUGUUGUCUUCUGAGAUUGUUCAGCAUCCUGGACCCUCCUCAGAAGCCAUAAACAGUGUUUGUUUUGAAGAAGAAGGAGGAGACGAGAAUGCUGAAAACAUCUCAUCAGGGAAAAAAACAGCAAAAUCCAUUAAAAGAAGAAUUGCAAAAUUUUUCCGUACAAUAGGGAAGAAGAUCAAGAGCCCUUUUGUUCACUGCUUCGGUAGGAACAAAGUGGUAUCUUUCGUACCCUCCCCAGAGCUGAAUCCGGGGAAGGCCAGUGAUGAUCUGGUCAAAUCAGAGAUGAAGUCCAGUUCCGGGAUGAAGGCUGAUGAUGAUAUUUCUCAUCCCGUGGCAAAGGCAGACUAUGAUCUGCUGAAUACUACAAAGCCUGAGGAUGUAUCGUCUGCCCCCCAGCAUUACACUGGCACUUCUUCCGUCAGUAUUCCUCAGUUUGUCAUCCCGAGGGCAGAUACCAGUCUGCAUAUUGUGGAUUUUAGCGAAGACGAUUCAGUCGAUACUGUGCUGAAUGCUCGCACCAAUCCUGCCAAUCCCAAGCCAAAGAAGCCAACCUCAUCUACUAGCGAUGAGGUGCUUGGGGCGAUUGGCUUUACCAGCAGGAUGUACCCAAAAAGCCACGAAUCUGAUGACAAACGGGGUUUCAUUAAUCCAUGUGAACCCAAGGAGAAGACGGACACCAACCCUGCGAAUCCCAAGCCAAAGAAGCCAACCUCAUCUACUAGCGAUGAGAUGCUUGGGACGAGUGGCUUUACCAGCAGGAUGUACCCAAAAAGCCAUGAAUCUGAUGGCAAACAGGGUUUCAUUAAUCCAUGUGAACCCAAGGAGAAGACGGACACCAUCCCUGGCAAUCCCAAGCCAAAGAAGCUAACCUCAUCUACUAGCGAUGAGAUGCUUGGGACGAGUGGCUUUACCAGCAGGAUGUACCCAAAAAGCCAUGAAUCUGAUGGCAAACAGGGUUUCAUUAAUCCAUGUGAACCCAAGGAGAAGACGGACACCAACCCUGCGAAUCCCAAGCCAAAGAAGCCAACCUCAUCUACUAGCGAUGAGAUGCUUGGGGCGAUUGGCUUUACCAGCAAGGUGUACCAAGAAAGAGAAGACUCCGAUGGCAAACAGGUCGCCAUAAAGCAAGUUUGGGAAUGGAAACAUAAUCCUUACACUGAUAUUAAGGUUAACAACAAUUCAAAUGAUGCCAAUUUUAAGACUGGCACCAUUCCCAAGACAAAGGGUUUUAUUAAUCCAUAUGAACUUAAGGAGAAGAUGGACGCCAACCCUGCCAAACCCAAGCCAAAGAAGCCAACCUCAUCUACUAGCGAUGAGGUGGUUGGGGCGAUUGGCUUUACCAGCAAGGUGUACCAAGAAAGAGAAGACUCCGAUGGCAAACAGGUCAACAUCAAGCAAGUUUCAAAAUGGACCCGUAACCCUUGCAUUAAUAUUAAGGCUGACAAUAAUCCAGGCAAUGCCAAAUUAAAGACUGGCACCAUUCCCAAGGCAAAGGCUGGCACCGUUGUUGGCAAUCCAGUUCGAAAACCUAUUGCUAUUCCCUGUGGUAUCAUGGUGAAGGCAGACCCCAAACCUGCCAUCCCCAAAAAGACGGCUGUUUUUCAUGAGCGUGAUAAGAAGGUGAAGGCAGACCCCAAACCUGCCAUCCCCAAAAAACCGGCUGUUUUUCAUAAUCGUGAUAAGAAGGUGAAGGCAGACCCCAAACCUGCCAUCCCCAAAAAGACGGCUGUUUUUCAUGAGCGUGAUAAGAAGGUGAAGGCAGUAACCAAACCUGCCAUUCCAAAGAAGACAGCUGAUACCGAGGUGAAAGCAUAUAGCGAGGAGAUCAAUGCGGCACACAGAACCUUGUGUGAUGAUUAUUGUAUUGAUACAGAUAAUCCGCUUGGUAAAGGUAGCUUUGGCGCUGUGUUUCCGGGGACCAGUAAAGCCGAUGGCAAACCGGUUGCUAUCAAGUUUGUGAAACGAAGGCAACCAAACCGUUACUUUAUCAUGCCUGGAUCUGGAAUGGUUCUCACAGAACUAGUAGUGUUGCACACAUUAAAGGAGGAUCCAAACCCUCAUGUGAUCAAACUUUAUGACAGCUAUGAGGAUCCGGAUUACUUCAUACUCGUCAUGGAGCGGCCUGAUCCUUGCAUGACCUUGAAUGAGUUUAUUAAACUUCAACGAGGUCUGCUGGAAUCAACAGCACGCAUCCUAAUGCGUCAGGCAGUCAUGGCUGUAAAACAUUGCUUUAAGCAUGAGACUUUUCAUACUGACCUCCACGCUGGCAACUUCCUCGUGGAUAAAAACAACAUGCUGCUGAAGCUGAUCGACUUUGGGUGCUGUGACCGAUUAAGAGACACGGCCUAUGCAUAUGAAGAGUAUUUGGGGGCACCGGCUUAUCGGCCACCUGAGGUCCGCAACAGGGGCAGAUACCACGCCAUGUCAAGCAGUGUCUGGUCUCUGGGAACUCUGCUCUAUUAUAUGGUUAAUGUAAACUUGCCCUUUCCCAAAUAUGGGCCAGUAACUGAAGGCACGAUAAACCACGAAAACGACUAUUUGACAAAGCGAAAAAACCCAUCAAAAUCCAUUUAAAGAAAAAUUACAACAUUUUUCCAGACAUUGGGGAAGAAGAUAAAGAGCCCCUUUUGUUCACUGCUUCGGUAGGAACAAAGUGGUACCUUUCGUACCCUCCCCAGAGCUGAAACCGGGGAAUCCGGGAAGGCCAAUGAUGAUCUGGACAAUUCAGAGAUGAAGACCAGUUCCGGGAUGAAGGCUGAUGAUGAUAUUUCUCAUCCCGUGGCAAAGGCAGACUAUGAUCUGCUGAAUACUACAAAGCCUGAGGAUGUAUCGUCCGCCCCCCAGCAUUACACUGGCACUUCUUCCGUCAGUAUUCCUCAGUUUGUCAUCCUGAGGGCAGAUACCAGUCUGCAUAUUGUGGAUUUUAGCGAAGACGAUUCAGUCGAUACUGUGCUGAAUGCUCGCACCAAUCCUGCCAAUCCCAAGCCAAAGAAGCCAACCUCAUCUACUAGC